AUGGAGAUGUCUAGGUUCACUAUGGGUACCCAGCAUCGCCACAUCCUCUCCAAGCCCCUCCUCGGGGGGCACAGCUACCCCUCCUCCCAACACCUGGUCCAGGGCCUGGGCACGCCACUGGGCUCUCACCUGUCCUCCCUCACCUUGCCUGGCCCCGAGGCCCUGGGCAUGACCCCCCCACCACACCUACCCCCUUCCAAGAGCUCCCUGGUCCCCCUGGACAAGAACCCCUCCCAGAUCCCCACCCCUACCCCUGGAGGGGGGUCUACCUCCUCCUCAGCCUCCUCCUCGCGCUCCCGCACCCCCCUGUCGGCCGCCCUGCAGAAGUACAAGAAGGGGGACGUGGUGUGCACCCCUAACGGUAUCCGCAAGAAGUUCAACGGCAAGCAGUGGAGACGCCUCUGUUCCAGAGAGGGCUGUAUGAAGGAGUCCCAGAGACGAGGCUACUGCUCACGCCACCUCUCCAUGAGAACUAAAGAGAUGGAGGGAGUGGGAGGAGGGGGAGAGAGGGACAGGGGGAGAGGAGGAGGGGGGGAGAGUUCGGGGACGGUCACCCCCUCAGACCUGCGUGGGUUUGACUGGGAUGAGACGUCCAGAGACAGCAGCGAGGCCAGCAGUAGAGGAGACUCCCGCCCUCGGCUGGUGCUGCCCUCCCUCCUACCCCAUGACUUCUCCAGGUUUGACUUUGAUGAGUGUGAGGCAGCCACCAUGCUUGUGUCUCUGGGCAGCUCUCACUCUGGGACCCCCUCCUACUCCCCAAUCUCCAACCAGUCCCCUUUCUCCCCCGCCCCCUCGCCCUCACCCUCCCCCCUCUUCGGAUUCCGUCCCGCCAACUUCUCCCCCAUCACCGCCUCCUCCGUCCUCCCCCCUCCUCGUAGACACAGACACCCCAGUGCCACUGGGGGCAAGCUGAGCACCCCUGGGGGGGCAGAGAGGGAGAGGCAUACCUCAGGGGUCCAACCGUCCUUCCACACUAACCUGACCUUCACUGUCCCCAUGAGCCCUAGCAAACGCAAAAUAGAUGUUCCUCCUCCCCCCUCCCUCCUCCCACCCCCACCACGACCACCCCCCAAACCUGAGCUGGAACAGGGGGACCUGAACUCUGCCUCGUUCCCCGUCCUAUCCCCCAGACCCCAGCACACACUCACGCUUACACACCCAAGCCUGCCCCCUCCUCCCCCGCCACCUCCCCCCUCCCCUCCUGGUGUCCCCAACUCCCCCUCCCCUCCAGACUCAGGGCCCCGCCGUUUCCACCCCACAUCCCAGCAGGCCUUGCGGGACUCUCCAGUGAUCGUGCGGAACCCGGAGGUUCCUCUGGCCAUGUUCACAGAGCGUCCGUUAGGCCGUGGGGGGGGGGGAGUAGGUGAUCCUAAGAGUCUUAACAGCGUUACUCCCCAGCCUGUCUCCACUCUCCAAGUCCCUGUACCCAUCAACGCUGCUGCUGCCACAGCAACCAACGGCACCGUCCUCCUCCAGAGCCCCACCCCCACCUUGGUGCUGGUGUCAUCCGCCCCGCCCUCCCUGACCUCCGUCACCCCCGGUUACCCUGCUUUGGCUUGCAUCUCCAUCUCUACCACGCCCCCCUCUUCGAGACCCCCCCUCACCAACCCAGCCAGCCCAGGGGAAGGGCGGGGUAGGACAGAGAGGACAGGCUCGUUUGGGGGGGAGGUUCAGCAGCCAGUGGCCUGUCACCCCUCUCCUACAGCCCUGCUGCCCCUCAUACUGCCUGCAGAGAACCUGCACCCCACACCAUGCAAAGACAUCAUCAUGGGACGCCCCGGGACAGUCUGGACCAAUGUGGAACCCCGGUCAGUUCCUGUGUUUCCCUGGCAUUCAUUGGUCCCUUUCCUGGCACCAACCCAAUCAGAUGCCUCUACUCAGUCUGGUGAGGGCCAACAACCAAUCAAUCAUCCCCAAGCUGCCAGUCUGAAAACAGAGUCUCAGGGGGGUGCAGUGUUGCUACAGGAGGCCAAUGAGGACCCCCCCACCUUGGAGAGAGGACCCACAAGGCCAACUCCCUCCACAGAUGACCUGGCCCCAGAGAGGGAGAGAGAGGCCGAAAGAGAGAGGCCAGACAGUGAGACUGAGAGUGAUGUGGAUGACCCGUUCUUCCCCAGUGUUCUUCCUGAGCAGCCCUUGUCUGUGACUCCUGUGAAGAGACGCACUCAGUCCCUCAGCGCCCUGCCCAAAGAUGGGGACAAAAUCAGCCCUAACAAGAGGGAGAAGGACCACAUCAGGCGGCCGAUGAACGCGUUCAUGAUCUUCAGUAAGCGUCAUCGAGCACUGGUGCACCAGAGGCACCCCAACCAGGACAACCGCACGGUUAGCAAGAUCCUGGGCGAGUGGUGGUAUGCCCUGGGGCCCAAAGAGAAGCAGAAAUAUCACGACCUCGCCUUCCAGGUGAAGGAGGCCCACUUUAAGGCCCACCCAGACUGGAAGUGGUGCAACAAAGACAGGAAGAAGUCUAGUUCUGAUGGCCGAGGGCUCCCGGGGCCGGGGGGCAAAGACAUUAGAGAAAGGAGCAUGUCUGAGACCACCGAGCCCCAUGGUGUGGAGCUGAAAGGGGUGGGGCCUGGCCUGCUGGGUGUGUCUGAGCGGAAUCCAGGGGAGGGGCAUGUAGGACAGCUACCCCGCCCCCGAGCCUUCUCCCAGAGUGCCGUGCACAGCCUGGAGAGAAGUGACAGGGGCAACACACAGGCCCUGGCUGAACUGUCACAGAUGUGUGGGGAUGGUGGUGGCCAGUUUUCGGGGCGCGCCCAGACCCUGUCCCGGUCUCAGAGGGGGGUCAGUGAGGACAUGACCAGUGAUGAGGAACGCAUGGUCAUCUGUGAAGAGGAGGGAGAUGACGAUGUCAUUGAGGACCCGUACCCUGCCAGCUCCAUAGACCUGAAGUGUAAGGAGAGAGUGACGGACAGCGACAGUGACAACGCCUCUGGGAACGAGAGCGAUCGCAAGCGUGUCUUUGCUCCAGUGAUCUGCUCUUCCUCCUCCCAGCCCACCCCCCACGGACGCUCCGUCUCUCUCUCCUCCUACCCUUCCAAACGCUACGACGAGGAGAGAGGAGGGGGGCUCUCAGACCGCAGGAGAAAGAGAGGAAUAGAGGGAGGAGGUGGUGAUGGAGGAGGAGUGGCAUCCCUUUCUCUUUCCCUGUCCUCCUCAGGCCACUCUGUCAUCUCCAGUCCCGGAGGCCCAGUUCCUUCUGCCCUUGCCCCCCUUGGCCUGUCUCCUCUCCUCGGGUUGGGGGCUGUCAGAGUGGCCUCUACAGUGGUGACCAACGUGGUUCGUCCGGUCGUGAGCACGCCAGUCCCCAUCGCUAGUAAACCCCGAGACGGAGCAGCUUCAUCCAUUCCUCACCCACCAGACAGGAGGUCCCUCCCAUUGCAACAGGCGCAGCUUCUGAUUGGCUCUGGAGCAGGAAGCGGGGGACCUGGCUACUACUCCUCAUCGUCACCCAAUCCCAUAGGUGCAGGGGCAGGUCCAGGGGGGGUAGUGAACAGCUUGGUGUUCCCGGGGCACAGCCAGUCCACCGUCCAGCUCAUCAGUCCCUCCCCCAAUCCGUCCUCCCAUCACCAGCUGCCCCCCACCGCCCCUGUCUCUGCCCCCACACACAACCACACCAACGGACCCCUGCCCCUCUCCCUGCUCCAGCCCCAGUUCCUCUCCUCGUCAUCUCUGGCAUCCCCCGGGGGCAAAGCCAUCACACAGGUCCAAUACAUCCUGCCCACCCUAUCAGCCAGCUCCAAUCACAAGAGCCCCUCCCCUCAGCUGCACAACCUGCCGAACAGUAUCUUCAACCUGCCGACAGCUCCGCCCACCCACAUGUCCAUAUCCAAUGGGAAGCAGGUGGGGCUGGGCUCGCUGAUGGGAUACUCCUCCAGCCCAGCCGUGGGAGUGGUCAGCCCGGGAGCCAGAGUGCAAUCCCAGUCCCCAGUCCUACAGGGCAAGAUGCUGCUUCCCAUGGCAACAGUGAGGACGGCACCCGCCCCUGCCCAACAGUUCCCCCUCGUGGUGCCACCUCUUCCUGUCCAGAAUGGAGCUCAAGCAGGAAGCAAGAUCUUCCAGAUCGCUCCCAUGCCUGUCGUCCAAUCCCAGCUCCAGCAAGGCGGGGCAGGGCAUCCUGGGUGCCCUUUUCCCAUUACCGUGGGAACGGCCACAGUGUUGCACCAAGGUUCUGCCCCAUCUCAGACUGUGCUGCUGCCGCCCCCACCAACCAGGAUCACCUAUGUCCAGUCCACGCCAGGAGUUCCCUCUGCUCUGCCUCUGGUCUCUACAACAACAGGCUGCUCUUCCCCCAGCAGGCCCAGCCCACCCCUGGAUCUGCAUAUGUUUCAUCGCCCCUACCCAAGCAAAGCAGUUACUAUGGAUACUCACAGAGCCAGAGCCUCCAUGAGCAGAGUGACCGAUUAUGAGGAGCAGCUAAUGGAUUUACUAACGGAGGGCAUUAUUUCAGGUCAGCCUCCCCUUCAGUCCCCUACCUGCCCCUCCCUCCCCUCUGGCCCAGCCUCUGCUUCAGGGGGACAGAUAAUCACCGCCAUCUACCCCCCUACCAGCGUCACCAUGGCAACUGGGGUGGUCUCCAUGGCUACCGGGCCACCCAGCAUGGUGUACACAGUCUCCAGCUCCUCCAGUCUGUCCACCCACAUCCUGCCCAAAUACACAUUCGCCCCCGCCACCCCCACCACACACACUCACACACACACCCAGCUCCAGUCAGACAGACAAACAGACAGGCACGUGGGGGAGAGACCCACGGACAGAACGUCUCACUCUCAGUCAGAGAAAGCGUCAGACAGACCAGCGGAGACGCAGCCUGAGCUACAGGAGUACGGACAGACGGACAGGCCAACACUCACGCAGGCGGACAGACAGACGGAGAGGGAAGCCCAGACGUUCAAUAAAAGCAGCAGCUUAGUGGCACCACCAAGUGGCUCCUCAUUGUCACUGCGGCCCUGUAGCCCCCCCCUGCCCUCUCACACUUCCACAGGCAGCGCACCAGGCACCCCCAAACAUCCCCAGCUCCCGGUGAGAACCCCUCAGAAAAUCAAAGCCACAGUUGCCAACAUCCCGGUGGGCAGCUAUGAGGGAGGAGGCCGAGGAAAGGAGAGGGAGAAGAACCGAGAGAGGGAAAGGGAGAAAGAAAGAGAGAACACUGGGGCCAACAGUCGUUUUUCCUUUGAGCUGGAGCGUCCUGUGGAGUCGACGUCCCCCUCCCAACACACACACACUGCUGAGGAGCCCCCCUCUGACAGACCCCCUGAGGGACACGACCCUGGGGACAACACUGACACAUGCAGCACAGAGGCCAGCAACAAGGAGUCCGGGUGGAAGGACUCCGUCCCCUCCUCACCCCUGCCCCCUCCCUUGGGUACAGACCCUGCCCUGCCACCUCCCCAGAGCGACAAAGACGCCCCUCCUCCCAAGAAGGUGAAGGCCCGCCCCCCGCCACUCAAAAGGACCUUUGACUCUGUGGACAAGGUGUUGUCGGAGGUGUAUUUUGAGGAGCGGUUUGCUCAGCUACCAGAGUUCAGGCCAGAGGAGGUGCUGCCCUCCCCCACCCUGCAGAGCCUGGCCACCUCCCCCCGUGCCAUUCUGGGCAGCUACCGCCGCAAGAGGAAGAACUCCACAGACCUGGACUCGUCCACAGAGGACCCUGUGUCUCCGAAGAGGAGGAGCAGAAGGCGCUCCAGCUGCAGCUCGGAGCCCAGCACACCCAAGAGCGCCGCCAAGUGUGAGGGAGACGUCUUCACCUUCGACCGACCAGCCCCCCCGUCUGUGUGUCCCCCUCCAGGGACAGGUGCUGAUGGAGAGGACAUCCUGGGGGAGCUGGAGUUUGACAAGGUGCCCUACUCCUCUCUGAGACGCACCCUGGACCAGAGACGAGCCCUCGUCAUGCAGCUCUUCCAGGAGCAUGGCUUCUUCCCGUCAGCCCAGGCGACGGCAGCCUUCCAGGCACGCUACUCAGACAUCUUCCCCACCAAGGUGUGUCUGCAGCUGAAGAUCAGGGAGGUCCGACAGAAGAUCAUGCAGACUGCCGUCCCCUCUGAGACCAACGAGGCCUCCUCGCUCCCCGGACCGUCUGGCGCCCAAUCAGGGGAAGGGACAGGAGGGGCGGAGCCAUUGGGAGAGGAGGCGGACCGAGAGAGGGAGGGUAGUCCAGAAGAGCCGAGGGAUUCGCAGGAGUCUUCUAGAUGAAGGAUGCCGACAGGCUGGAUUGACCAAUCAGCGAUGGACCAGUUCCCCAAAUCCCGCCUCUUAAUUUUGUUGAAGCUACACCCCUCUGUCUGUGUGCGUAUCUGGACCUGUCUCUCUCUCUUUCUCCAGAGAGCCAGGUCAGAAAGAGCAAGUGGACGAGACCAAGAGGAUGUGUGUUUGCAAAAUGUGUCAGAGGUGGAAUUAUUAAAAACUUAAAAGGGGAUUUAAAUUUUUAAAAGUGUAAUUCCCCCUCCAAAAAAUGACAUUUAAAAUGCCAGUGACACACACACACACACACACACACACACACACGGCUGAAGAACCCCAAACUCCAAUACCCACACUUGAAUUAGCACUUUGUUCGUAAUAUGAAUAUUAUCUCUGUAAGCUUCCAUUGAUGCCAGUGGACUAUAGACUAUACAAUAACUCUCCAGCUGUUACCCAUUGCCUUGGCACAGGGCCCAUCUUUCAGACUGAAUAACAUAUCAUUUACUGGGACUGUUUGAGGUAAUUUAUCUCACUCUAACAGGACUGGCUUGUUUUUAAAAAUGGAGAGCUUGGGAAGCAAGAUCAGUUAAUUGGCUGCUGAAGAGGGUCUGGCUCUCAAGUCUCCCAUUGGCUAAUUUGUUUCUGCUGGACAUUAGGGGGCUGGGUCCCCACUGGCUUGAGAUGAUGCCAUUGGAUGGAGAGCCUGCACUACCCUGGUGAGGGAUCAGAAGGAUCCUUGUUUUGUUAAAUUUUUCUCUACUUUGAUCCAUAAAAGCAUAACUUCAGGACAGGUCUGUGAGGGGGACAGGAGAGAGUUUAGGACCUCGCCCUCACUUCCCAUGAUUGGCUACAGAAGAUGCCAGUAAAGAUGCACCAAGCGUUCCUGCUUGUCUGAUUCGCUCGCCAUGCGGGGAGAAGGAGUCGAUGGGCACAUCAUGGCUUUACAGUUGUCACUGUCACUUCAACCAUGUUUUAUCUAUUUGUAGACUUCAGUUGAGAACCCAGAGGACGUCAGGCUGACAGGCCUAUUACUUCUAAUGCCAAGCAGUUUUAUUAUCUAACUUUUAAUUUUUUUAAGACAUCAAACUUGUAUUUGUUUUAAUCAAACACAUGUAACUUUGCAGUUCAUUGUUAUUAUUGUAUUAGUGUUACUAAUAUUACUCCUCUCAUUGUUAUAGUGGACCUGAUCCUUGCUACGGGCUGGUAUCAAUGUCAUAUGAUUAGCUCUAGCAUAUUUGAGGGGGGAUGGGACGUUUGAGAGAGAUGGUCCUCACCUGUGCCUCUCCCUCUCUUUUGUCUUCCCUUUUCAACACCCUCACUUUCGCCCCAGCAAGGACCUGGGGUGACAAAUAUUUUUAUUAAUUUCAAUGAGGGAUAACAAAAUGAGGGUUGACGUUUGUAUUCAUUUAAGUCUCAUAAGUAUGUUUUUGGACAACCCUGAAACCCGCUCUCUCUCACUCCCCUGCUAGUAAGGUUUGAUUCUAUAGCCUCCUCCUUCCUCCCUCUUUUCCUUCCGUUCAUCCUACCUUACUGUUCUCUCCAUCUUUUUUUGGGGUGGGAGGAGAUAAGCCUGGAGGGGGCAGGGCAGUAUAUAGAGUGGUAGGGUAUAAUAUUGGUUGUCUUUGUGCAAGACUUGGUUGUGUUGUACAUAUUAUUUACUGUAGAGUCAGACUCGCUAUAAUAUUGAUAAGGAACAAUGUGUAACUGACUUGUAUUGACUUUUAAAAGACGACAUUACACAAGGUCAAACUCCCAAAAUUGACAAAUUAUUAACGUUUUACUCCUUGUUUUACUGCGAUACAGUUUGCAAGAUAAACUUAAAUUAUUCAUAAAUGUACAUCUAUCUUUCAGUAUACAAAUAAAUGUUCAAGUUAUAAUAAUAUGUUCAACAUAUUUUUCACUAGUUUUUAAUGUACACACAGCUGAUCCACCAGUUAUUGAUGAGUUAUUAUUGUCCAACUAUACUGAACAAAAAUAUAAACGCAACAUGUAAAGUGUUGGUCCCAUGUUUCAUGAACGGAAAUAAAAUAUCCCAGAAAUGUUCCAAAAGCUUAUUUCUCUAAUUUUGUGCCCAAAUUUGUUUUUACGUCCCUGUUUGUGAGAAUUUCUCCUUUGCCAAGAUAAUCCAUCCACCUGACAGGUGUGGCACAUCAAGAAGCUGAUGAAACAGCAUAAUCAUUACACAGGUGCACCUUGUGCUGGGGACAAUAAAAGGCC